AUGGAGUCAAGCACUACAGAUAAUGAACCCACAAGGACACAUUGGGAUGAAGGCCAGAUCUGGGUCAAAUCCUGUCACGCCGCUACUAGGAAGCUCCUCGCGCUCGUCCUCUCUCGGAAGAACCAGGAAAAAUUGCAUAUCACCACCACUGAACUUAAUUUAAUCUCCGGUGAUGGGAAUGACUAUGGCCCAUGCUUUGUGCACCCAUUUUCCUAUGAUAAAAUGAGAGAAUAUGCGGUCCGUGAACAGCCUUGGGAUAAAUUCGACAUCCACGGUUUGAACAUCGAUGAUACCCCAGAAUUAUGUAGAUACCGGGGAUGGGUUAACGCGUGCCAGGUGAUUAAGGGUCUACAUUAUUCUCUGGACAACUUUUUUGGUGAUAUUCCGCCGCGUGAUAUGUCUGAUGAGGACAACGAACUUGACUCCGUAUAUGCGCCCCAAUGGCAAUGGAAUAUCACAAGCUGGGCGAACGCAAAGGAUACAUCUCAACCCCAUAUCACCGCCUUCAUGGUUGAUUCGCAGCCCUUCCGUGCCAAUCGCUUCAACUCGGGUGAGAUAUCUAUUGCCUAUGGCUUGAUCGCUAAGCGCCGAAUUGAAGAUGGAUAUAAUGACCACCGAUACAUUCCUAUCAUCAUCAUUUCUGCGUCGGGUUUCCAAGCCCGUAUCCUUCAGAUCUGGCAUGACAAGCAGAACCCCGAAGCACUACAAGUCCGCUCGUCACCGAUCAUGGACUUUAACGGUGGUGUGCAAAAUAACUUGGAUGACUGGGUCACCCUUCUAUGCUGGAUUGCAGGAGAUCCCGUCGGAGAUACAAAAAAUGGAACGGAAGUUGUUCGAGUCGUUGAGCGUGAUGCAUAG